CCAGAUCGAGACGAGCCGACGGCGAACAGUCGCGCGCUCACAACUUAACAUGAGUUCCUCGAAAGGCCUUGGUCAGCGGAAUUCGCGACCGAUCCGACAUUAAAUCGACGAGUUAGAUCGACUUUCCUUCCUCCCGACAACAGGGAGGAGGAGAAGAAGAAGAAGAAGCGCCCCCGCUGCGCGGGACACGACCACUCAGCAACAUGCCCGAAAUGUCGAAGAUGAAGAAGCCGGACGUCAAGGUAGUUCUCCUGGGAGACAUGAACGUGGGCAAGACGUCGCUGCUCCACAGGUACACGGAGAGGAGAUUUAAAGACACCAUCAGCACCGUCGGAGGGGCGUUUUUCCUCAAACAGUGGGGACCGUACAAUAUCUCAAUAUGGGACACUGCUGGUCGCGAACAAUUCCACGGGUUGGGCUCGAUGUACUGUCGAGGCGCCGCCGCCGUCAUCCUCACCUACGACGUCACCAACUGGCAGAGCCUCGCUGAGCUGGAGGAGCGCUUCCUGUCCCUGACCGACACGGCGAACCACGACUGCAUUUACGCUCUCGUGGGCAACAAGGCCGACCUCACGGACCCCACGGCCCAGCUGUGUCUGGACUCGGACGUGGCGUCCGAGGAGCGCAUAGAGGAGAGGACGGAACCGCAGGCGCCGUCCGGAUGCCCCACGCCGCCGGCCUCCCCGGCCUCCCUCUCCGGCACGACGCUCCACAAACAGGUGACCCCCGAGGACGCGGCCGCCCUCUACGGGAGGAUACUGCGCUACAAGGGCCUGGAGGAGAAGAGCAGCCUGCCCGCGGAGAAGCUGUGCUUCGAGACCAGCGCCAAGACGGGCUACAACGUGGACGCUCUGUUCGAGGCGCUGUUUGACCUGGUGCUGCCGUCCAUCCUGAGGAAGAGGAACGAGAACCAGGAGUCUUCCACGGUGGACCUGGAGGAGUGCCGGGGGGCCGGCAGCAAGCGGGCCAGGGCCGCCUGCUGCUAGAGGUAGCUGCUCCCAGAGACUCUAGGCGCUGGUCUGCACACGAUCCUGUGACGCUCCUACUUAUUGUUGACCCGAUGGCGUUCAUGAUCUCGCCGUUACACAUUCCUGUUUCUGUCAUAGUGGCCGCUAACAUUUUAAGGAGCUUUAAAACCUCCUCCACAACAACUGAAACCACACUAGUAUCCCAACAAUGUGUCUGUGAUGAAAUAACAAACAUAAGAAAUCAAUCACUGCUUUUUGUUCGUGUUUUGCAUUCACACGUUUAACAUCACUAAUUGUAGUUAUGUAAGAUUGCAACCAAUCAUGUUUUCUUUUAUGCUCUGUUUCGAGGGUGAAUACCCAUCUUUAUAUCUAAGAGGCACAUUUAUAAUUUUUCAAAGAGUGUGAAUAGUUGAUAAAUCGAAUUGUUAAGUACGCUGUCAUAAUAAAGAUUUUUUACAGUC